CACCAGAACUAGACACAUGUGUAUCAAUUGAGAAGUCUUUUUAUCUGAUAACGGGAGGACAGUUUCAUCUAAAUCACCAUAAUCAGUACUCUCCAGUCAGGGUAUCCGAGCGGGAAGAGUUGAUUUUCUCCGAGACAUUACACAGGGAGCGCAAAUGUUGAACCAUCGGCACCGAGCCGUCUUUCUGGUGAUCACUUUUGGGAUCUUCGGUUUACCUGGCGGAAUUGCAGGUGGUGAUUCUGCAGCGCGAUUCGAUUGUGACAAUGAGAACAAAGGAAAUUCCUCAGAAGCGACCCUGAAGCAUGCACUGCUUUGCGGAACAGGAUACAACAUCCACCAAAGGCCAGUGAAGAACCAACAGGAUCGAGUGGCAAUGUAUAUCGGAGCGGACGUUAUGAACGUGGAGUUGAUGCACAACACAAAUGUGAAACUCGAAAUCACAGUUGAACUCUCGAUGCAAUGGUAUGACGCGUUCCUCCACUGGAACAAAAAGGAUAAUGGGAACAUCCACACACUGUCCGUAUCGGAACAAUACAUAUGGACACCAAAGUUGGCAGCAAAAUCUCUGCUGAAGUCCCGCGUUCAAGGAAACAAUCACUGUUUCCAGUCUAAGUGCUAUUUAAGCUCCGACGGAGAGGUAAUCUUCACGAUGCUGUGCACAUUCCAAAUCGAUUGCCUGGACAACUCCCGCCAUUGGGCCUUCGAAACAAAGGGAUGUCCGCUGAGGAUAUUCACACCAGAGUAUGACAUCAACCAGCUCUCACUGUUUCACUUCCAGCGACGGCUUUCCUACUCGGUAACGGGAGUCCUACCGUACAAAAUUACGUCCUUCCAGAUGGCCAUCGUGAACAAUUCGGUAAAUCCCGAGUUCAGAAUGGAUAUAGUUGUGGGGAGAAUGAUCGGACCACAUCUGAUGAUCUUUCUUCUGUUGAUACUCUUAUUGAUUGCUCUGAAUCUCAUGAUAACGUGGUUUCGAAUUGAUACUACUGUUCGAGCCAUGAUGAACCUGACCUCGCUAGCCCUGCAUGUGGCCUACACUCUCAUCCUGUAUUGGUAUUCGAAAACCAAAAUGGAACCAGCACUCGGAUUGGCGAAUCUCCUCUUGGCUUCGUCGGCGAUAACAGUUCUGCUUAUAGGCGAGCUAGUUUACUCGGAAAAGGUUUACAAACGUGAAGCAACGAGAGUUCCACCUGUCCUUCAAACAAUCCAUCUGGCUAUCAGGAAGAAUGUCACGAUCAGACCGUUUAUCCAAAUCGGUUACAUCAACUUCGAUAACUAUUUAAUAAAAUCGACCACUGAGCCGGCGGAAGCAGCAAUGUCAAACCACGUGGAGAACUCACCGAUGACGACAGAUGCCACCAUAAUCGAUCACGCUGAUUCGGACGAAGAAGCCAAUCUCAGCCAAAUGAACUGGAGCGAGUUUGUGCAGCCCUUCGAUCGUAUGAUUUUCUGUGGAAUCUUCACUGCCUAUGCGCUGAUGCUGCUGGUGUUCUGUCUUGCGUAAGACAAAAAAAAACCCCAAUAUAAACCAAAUAGACGAACAGCUCAAUUAAAUGAUAAUAUGCUAGAUUUUUUUUUUCGCUGGCUUGGAAAAUUAGUUAUCCGGGAAGCAAUCGUAAGCCGGAAAAGUACAAUGAAAAGCGAUCACCUUCUGAUGAGAAUCUAAUGUGUUCGGUAGAUUCCAAUGUAUGUUAUUGGAAUGAAUUUAUAAGUUUAAUAGAUUGUAGAAAAUAA